AUGAGCUCCGAGGACGACGCUGAAGUGCAGAAGACUCUCGGUAAUGAAGAGUUUAAUCACAAGAACUUCAGCAAAGCUGUCGAGUGUUACUCCGAGGCCAUCCGCUUGAAUUCAAACAAUUAUGUUUAUUACUCCAAUCGCAGUGCCGCAUACGGCGCCAUGGGUAAUUGGGAGCUGGCUGAGAAGGAUGCUCAGGAAUGUGUUAAGCGGAACCCUACAUUUGCCAAAGGCUACCAUCGCCUAGCUAAUGCACAGCAACAACUUGGCCGAAAGAAAGAGGCAAUUGAGACGCUCAAGAUAGCGCUGACUGCAGCUUCAAACCCAGAUAAAGUCCCGGGUAUCAAGAAGUUGUUGCGCCAGCUGAAUGAAGAAGUCACGCUCUCGAGCACUUCUUCGCCACAGGGUGUUAGUCGACAGGUACCAGCGCACGUCGCUAAAGAGUUGCAGGAACUUCAGCCACAAUUUCAAAAGAUUCAGCAUGAAUCGGAUCAGAUUGAGGCGAAGCUAGCGGCAUUUUCUCGACAAAAGAAGCGUUUAGCGCUUGUGGAGCGGGAACUAAUUGAUUUGCCUGAGGGCAUUAAGACAUAUCGCAGCAUCGGCAAGAUGUUUAUGCAAACUGGUCAUGACGAGAAUGCUGCGUCUGUGACGAAUGAAAAUAAGCUCUUGAACGAGCAAAUGUCGUCCCUUGAGGCGCGAAAAAAUUAUCUCAACCGCCAAAAACAGUCGGUGCAAAACAACAUUACGGAGCUUUUGGCGCAGUGUACGUAA